AUGAUGCUCGAACGUUUGCGUCGGAAACAUAGCAGCGGAGAUCUUUUAUGGCUCGUUUGUUAUAUCAGUACAUUGAGAAUAUGCUUAACGGACAACAAUGGGCUUGGUCAUUACAUUCGGAACUAUGAGGAGGUGAUUAUGCAGGAAAAACCUGGAAGAUCCGAGGGAGAACUCGAGCUGUUGUUUUGGGUAUUUGAACGGCCAUUUGAUUUGUUGUUGAGACGAAACGACAAGCUGUUUCACAGCAGCAUGAAAGUGCAUGUUGUAUCUGAGAAAGGAAUUGAGGAGAAGGAUUUUGAUCAUAGCAACUACUAUGUUGGAACAAUUAGAGGAGCUAGUGGGAGCAUUGUUCAUGGCUAUUAUAGUAACGAGUAUGGCUUUGAUGGUAUUAUUCAGCUGACAGAGGAAACGUAUUAUGUGGAACCAGCUCAACGAUUUCCUUCAACUUCAUUUUCAUCUCCAACUGUUGUCUAUCGAUUGAGUGAUGUGGUUUACAAUGAAACUGUGAAGUUUGUUUUCCAUGGAAAGUUAGCCAGUGCGUUACAUAUGGAGAAUUUUGUUAGUAAUCACUACAGAUCAAGAAGAGGCACUCGAUUCGACUCAAACAAGAACACCUGUGGUAUUGCUGUGGUAGCCGACUAUGAGUUCUUUAGUGGACCGGGAGAAAGCAGUGAAGCAACGACUAUUUCAGAGAUGAGUUAUCACAUCCAACAAGCUAAUACAAUAUUUAGAAACACUGAGUUCUCCAAUGAAAUACAGAACAUUGGAUUUCGAAUAGACAAGACUAUUAUAUAUACGACUGAAGAUAAUCCAUUUGACGGAAACUUCCAAGUUGAUGAAUUUCUUGACACUUUUUCAGAGCUGGAUUUUCGUGAUUUUUGUCUUGCUCAUUUGUUUGCUUACAAAGACUUUCAGAAUGGUGUUAUUGGACUUGCGUGGGUUGGUGAUACAAGUUCUGGUUCUGGUGGUGUGUGCGAAACAGAAAGAAUCACAACUCGCUAUGGUGAUCGUAGUCUGAACACAGGAUUUACGACUUUAUUUAACUAUCAAAGGAGGGUGCUUCGUGCUGUUUCAACAAUCACAACAACGCAUGAGCUUGGCCACAACUUUGGCUCAUGGCAUGAUGAAGCGAGUGAAGAAUGCAGUCCUGGUGAGUUUGGUGAUUCGAAUGGAAACUACAUCAUGUUUGCCAGCGCAACAGAUGGAUCUAAGUCAAACAACCAGCAAUUUUCUCCAUGCAGCAAGCCUGUUAUGGCUGAUGUGAUCAGCGCCAAAGGAGGAUGCUUUGUAGCAGCAAAUCCAGAUCCACAAUGUGGUAAUGGAGUCGUGGAAGGCGAUGAAGAGUGUGACUGUGGAUCAAGUGAUGUAGACAGUUGUAAGGCAGUAGAUCCAUGCUGUAAUCCAGGCAACUGCACUCUAAUUGAGGGAGCAAAGUGCAGUCCUAUGGCUAAGGCAUGCUGCAAUGAGUCUUGUGAAUUUUCUAUGUCGUUGUGUCGGAAGCAAGAGGAAUGCAUCUAUCCCACAUACUGCAAAUAUCAAUCCAACUGUUGGUUGUUCUUUUUUGGCACUGGAGUCUCAGGUGAUUGUGAGGAUCCCGAGUAUUGGGAAGACAACACAGUAUGUAAUGACGGUGCCAACACAUGCAUCAAAGGCCAAUGCAUUGGUUCGGUAUGUGCCGUAUGGGGUGUUGAGCGUUGUGAUUGUGUGACUGAAGAGCAGUUGUGCCAUGUUUGUUGUCUGUGGGAUGGCGAUUGUGUGUCAACAUUUGAUCGUCAUGAGACUGAUGAAAAAGUGAACGGAAGUUUUAUUCCACCGGGCACCCCUUGUUCUGAUUUCAUGGGUUAUUGUGAUAACACUGGCACCUGCAAGACGGUUGACAACCAAAGUCCGUUAGAUGAUCUCAAGGAUUUUCUGGGAAGUAUUAGUUUCAACAGUAUAAUUGAGUGGCUGAAAGAAAACUGGCAAUACGUUUUGUCAGGAUUCGGUGGAUUGUUUGUUGUGCUCGUUCUGUUUCAAGUCGUCUACAGACGUCAACACUCAGAUCACGAUGAUUUCAAUGAUGAUGACGAAACACGAACUCUCUUGCCACAUGACCAUGAAAGAGCAUCAUUGGAGGAAUCUCAGAUGAGAGACAAACGAGUAACGGACAGAACAAAUGAGAACGACAAGCCAACGGAUAUCAGCAGCGUAUAGACACACACACACACACACACAGGAAAGUAUCAUUAUAUGUUGACAUUGACUUUAUACAACGACAGAGACGUUAGUUUGUACGAAAUUGAAAUAUUUAUUUGUGUGAUUGAGA